CCCCGUCAACACCACCAAUCAAUCAAAAUGGGUCGCCUUCACUCUAAGGGAAAGGGCAUUUCGUCCUCCGCUCUCCCCUACUCUCGCACUCCCCCGAGCUGGUUCAAGGCUUCCACCGAGCAGGUUGUUGAGCAGAUCUGCAAGCUCGCCAAGAAGGGUGCUACCCCCUCCCAGAUCGGUGUUGUCCUCCGUGACAGCCACGGUGUUGCCCAGGUCAAGACUGUCACUGGUAACAAGAUCCUCCGUAUCUUGAAGUCCAACGGCCUUGCCCCCGAGCUCCCCGAGGACCUGUACCACCUCAUCAAGAAGGCCGUCGCCGUCCGCAAGCACCUUGAGCGUAACCGCAAGGACAAGGACAGCAAGUUCCGCCUGAUUCUCAUCGAGUCUCGUAUCCACCGUCUGUCUCGUUACUACAAGUCCGUCGGUGUCCUCCCCCCCACCUGGCGUUACGAGUCCGCCACUGCUUCCACCCUCGUCGCUUAAGCGCGUGCACAUCUUGUGCGGGGUUCGAAGUUGUUGUGGUGAAGUGGCUGUCGUUGUGGUUGAUUGGGUCGAUCUGGAAGGGUUGAUUCCGUCGAUAGUCAUGAAAUAAAAAUUAUGACCACAUACAUACCUUUCUACUUU